CGUUCAGAUGGCAUCAACUUCGAAGAAGGCUUUGAUAUAUUACAACAAAAGGUUCUGAGCACAGCAGUAAAAUCGUUAUGCUCGUAUUUACCAAAUCACUUGAGUCUUCACUGCGAUGUUCACGAUGUUACUAAAGUAGUCAGCUCAAGUCCGGGUGUCCGGGGUUACUUGUCUCACUUCCACCACCUCAGUCCUCGUAACAACAAGUUCUUGAAGAUGAGAGAAUCAUCUUCGCAACGGCGAUCCCGUAGCCCGACAUUCUAA